UCAUCUAGCCCUCCUUCGCAGAGAAAAAUCUCUCUCUUUCUUUGUCUCUCUCUCUCAAAGUUUUCAACUUUCAAAAACCUCCCUUUCUCUUUUGUCUCUGUGUCUGUCUCCAAGGCAGAGAGUCUUUUUCGUAUGCCCCAGCCUUCUCUUCUUCCUCUGAGUGAUGGGUGUGAGCUUUCUUUACUCUCAGACUUUCCACAUUGCCGUGAUCCUCAUCACCACCUUCUAUCGUCAUAGGUCCUAGAUUGCACUGACUUAAACGCAUGAACCCUUUUUCAUUAUUUCUCAUUAAUAUGGCCUUUUAAGCCUCUGGGAAUUCAAAGUACAAAAGCAUAACAAAAAACAGUAAAACAAAAGAAACAGAAGGAAAAGCUAUGGCAUGUGAUAAAGUCUCUGAUGUUUCAAACAUGACUGUUUUGCUUCAAAACGACACUCUCCCAUGUGAUUCUCUCUGGAUUCCCACUUCUUCUGCCAUCGUUCAUGGUGCAAAAUCUGUGGUUAACUUUGAGAAUGGUGGUGGUGAAGAGGACACCAUGGAUACGCCAUUCUUCCAGGGUAUUGUUAAAGAAGAAAAUGGCGAUGAGGAUUUUGAUGUGUGCCUUAACCCACCCGGGAAGAAAAGGAGGCUCACAGCUGGUCAAGUUCAAUUUCUUGAAAGAAACUUUGAUGUAGAAAAUAAGCUUGAUCCAGAGAGAAAGAUACAACUUGCUAAGGAACUUGGGUUACAGCCUCGCCAAGUUGCAAUAUGGUUUCAAAAUCGGCGGGCUCGGUUUAAGAACAAACAGCUGGAAAAGGACUAUGAUUCUUUGAAAACCAGCUACGAUAGGCUCAAGGGUGAUUAUGACAAUCUCCUAAAAGAGAAAGAGAAUUUGAAAAUUGAGCUUGUUUCCCUGAAAGCGAAAUUGCUGGCUCGAGAGAAAGGGAUUGGAAAUUUAGAACCAGUUGAAGCCAUCAAUUCACCUAAUGUAGAACUUCAAAACGCAGUUCCUAAAACUGUUUCUGAAGUGGUUUCCAAUGCACCAUUGGUGAUACCCAAACAGGAAGAGGCAACUUCAGCUAAAAGUGAUGUGUUGGAUUCGGAUAGCCCGCAUUCAUUUUUGGAGCCUGGUGAUUCUUCUCAUGUUUUUGAGCCAGACCAAUCAGAUUUCUCACAAGAUGAAGAAGAUGAUCUUAGCAGAAGCUUUUUGCCCACACCAUACUUCCCAAAACUCUACCAUGAUCCGCCUGCAAAUUCAUGUAGUUUUGAAUUCCCAGUGGAAGAUCAACCAUUUUGGUCCUAUACUUACUGAGUUCAUCUCAUGUCAUAUUGCCUGCGAAUUCAAAUCAAGGUUCUCUGUUGUAAUUAUAUAUAUCUUCAAAAGUGCUCGCCUUUACCAUAUCCUGUGCUUGGCUUGUGACUCUUUCCACAAGACUUAUCCUGCGUGGUAGAAGCAGCUUUUAAAUGUGAUCAGACUUCAUUUACGCCCACAUUUGAGAUGCUUCUUUUGAAAAUGGGGUCUUCAAUCUGCUCAAAUCCGUGGCAACAAGCAAGCACAUAAGAGGGUCGCAAAUGCAUAGUUCAACCGUUCAAGCUCGCAAGGAGAAGUCAGGAAAAUAUGUCCAAGAAAAAUGAAAUGAUUGUUUCUUGAUGGAACAAGCAUAGACUUGUCCUGGAGUGAAUUAAUGUGUAAAAUUAAUCGAAAAAUUACUAUAAGUAUGAUAAAAUAAAAUUUUAAAAUAA